AUGCCAAACAGAUCUGCCAAGCACCCUGUUAAGGCAUUUGGAUGGGCUGCCCGCAACCCAUCCGAAGUUCUGUCUCCCUUUAACUUCUCCAGGAGGGCGACAGUGGAUGAAGAUGUUAGGUUCAAAAUUCUGUACUGUGGAAUCUGCCAUUCCGAUCUUCACUGCGUUAAGAACGAAUGGGGCAUCUCCGAGUACCCCCUUGUCCCCGGGCAUGAGAUUGUGGGUGUAGUGACAGAGGUGGGUAGCAAGGUACAAAAGUUCAAAGUUGGAGACAAAGUUGGUGUUGGUUGCAUGAGCGUCUACAUAGCCAAGCUGGCCGAGCAAGCCGAGCGCUACGAAGAAAUGGUGGAAUUCAUGGAAAAAGUCUCCUCCACCGUCGUCGCAUCCGAGGAGCUCACAGUGGAGGAGCGCAACCUCCUCUCCGUCGCCUACCAGAACGUGAUCGGCGCUCGUCGUGCUUCGUGGCAGAUCAUCUCCUCGAUCGAGCAGAAGGAGGAGUCUCGCGGCAACGCCGACCAUGUCUCCACCAUCAAGGACUGCAGGUCCAAGAUUGAGAACGAGCUCUCUUCGAUCUGCGACGGCAUUCUCAAGCUUCUUGACACCAAGUUGAUCCACCUCUACACCGUCGGAAUCGAUAUCUGCCUCGUCGGCGACUCCGCCUCCAUGGUUGUCCACGGCCACGACACCACCCUUCCGAUCUCUCUCGACGAAAUGCUCGUCCACUGUGCGGCACCUUCAAGAAUCUCUGCUGGACCCAACAAUUGCUGUCACCCAACACACCAUUCCCACACCCACGAGGAUGGAACCAUGACAUAUGGAGGCUAUUCUGAUCACAUGGUUGCUACUGAGCGCUAUGUGGUUCGGAUUCCUGACAAUCUGCCUCUUGAUGCAUGUGCUCCUCUCCUUUGUGCUGGGAUCACAACUUAUAGCCCCCUAAGAUAUUUUGGACUUGAUAAGCCUGGUCUGAAUUUGGGCGUGGUGGGUCUAGGUGGGCUGGGCCAUGUAGCUGUGAAGUUUGCCAAGGCUUUUGGGCUUAUUGUCACUGUGAUCAGUACCUCUCCUUGCAAGAAGAAGGAAGCUAUUGAACAUCUUGGUGCGGAUUCAUUUCAGAUUAGCACUGACCCUAAUGAGAUGCAGGCUGCUAUGGGCACUUUGGAUGGAAUUAUUGACACUGUCUCUGCAGUUCACUCUCUACUACCAUUGCUUGGUCUGUUAAAGUCUCAUGUAAAGCUCGUCUUGGUUGGUGCACCAGAAAAGCCAUUUGAAUUACCAGCCUUUCCUUUGCUUAUGGGGAGGAAAAUAGUAGCGGGAAGUAACAUUGGGGGUAUGAAGGAGACACAAGAAAUGAUUGAUUUUGCAGGAAAACACAACAUAACUGCGGACAUUGAGGUCAUCCCAGCGGACUAUGUGAACACUGCUAUGGAGCGUCUUUCCAAAGCUGAUGUUAAGUACCGAUUUGUCAUUGACAUUGGAAACACACUGAAAGCUGCCUGGUCUUUACCCUUAUGCUUCCUGAAUUUAGUUUGAUGUAGUGACAUGGUCACCAAUAUGGGAGACUUUUAAGUUGUCUACUGUCUUUAUUUUUUUUUGUAAUGUCGGGCUUUUUGUUACCAAUGUUGGAACAUCUUUUCUACCGGUUACAUCCUGUGUUUCCUAGCCCAACUUAAUUUUUAAGUGCACUUUUGAAGAUC